AGCGAGGGACCUCGCAGGGACAGCCGGACUGGGGCAGCUGGAGGCGACAGCUUCUGAAACACGCACGACAGCUGCGCUUCGGGGUCUUGGGCAGUAGCGCCCCGGCGGGACGGUGGGCGUGGCGCGAAAACGGAUUUCUGUGAUAUUCUCCAGUGACUCCCAUUACCUCUGCUUGCUGAAGGCUGUGGCCAAGAAAUCAGGGACGCCUUGGAGACUCCUGAGCAGUGGUUCUUCUGACGAGCAAUACUAAGACAACCUUUGGCUUAAAGAAUUAAAAAGAAAUACGACUCUUCAAGUAAGAAGACUUCCUUCAAAGGAUCUGGCAGAGUGAAAUGAGUAGAAACAGCAGAACUUGUCAGAAGAACCAGCUAUCUAGGUCUGGUACUUCAAAUGUCAUGGGUGUGUAUGUCCUCAGCUUGUGGCUACCAGACUGCAUCGUGGAGUCCUUAUCAUUCCCUGCAUGAAAAGCUGUUUGAACAUUGCAAGAAAAUCAUCUGUGAAAGAAGAAAAGGAAAUUCCGUGUGUGGGUCUCAGCAGCAGUAGAGCUGUUGGAGCAGCUUCAAAUAAUGCCGAAAAAGAAGCCCUUCUCUGCAGGCAGAGUGCCCCUGAUUCUCUUCCUGUGUCAGAUCGUUAGUGCCCUGGAUGUACCUCUUGAUCAUGGGGGAAAAGCAAAGCUUCUUGAUGACUUGGUGCAACCUCCAACUAUCACACAGCAGUCACCAAAGGACUACAUUAUUGACCCUCGGGAGAAUAUUGUAAUCCAAUGUGAGGCUAAAGGAAAACCCCCUCCAAGCUUUUCCUGGACUCGUAAUGGAACUCAUUUUGACAUAGACAAAGACCCUCUGGUCACCAUGAAGCCCGGCUCUGGAACACUCGUCAUCAACAUCAUGAGCGAUGGGAAAGCCGAGACCUAUGAGGGCAUUUAUCAGUGCACAGCAAGAAACGAGCGUGGGGCUGCCAUCUCUAACAACAUUGUUGUCCGCCCAUCCAGGUCUCCCUUGUGGACCAAAGAAAGACUCGAACCAAUAACACUUCGAAAUGGUCAGUCAUUGGUACUUCCCUGUAGACCUCCAGUUGGAUUACCGCCAGCCAUAAUAUUUUGGAUGGAUAAUUCCUUCCAAAGACUUCCACAGAGUGAGCGCGUUUCCCAAGGCCUGAAUGGAGACCUUUAUUUCUCCAAUGUCCUCCCAGAAGACACCCGUGAAGACUAUAUCUGCUAUGCCAGAUUUAAUCACACUCAAACCAUACAACAGAAACAACCUAUUUCUUUGAAGGUGAUUUCAGUGGAUGAAUUGAAUGACACUAUAGCUGCUAAUUUGAGUGACACUGAGUUUUAUGGUGCUAAACCUAGUAAAGAGAGACCACCGACAUUUCUAACUCCAGAGGGCAACGAAAGCCUCAAAGAGGAACUGAGAGGAAAUGUGCUUUCACUAGAGUGCAUUGCAGAAGGCCUACCUACUCCAAUCAUUUACUGGAUCAAAGAAGAUGGAACACUUCCUGUCAACAGGACGUUUUAUCGGAACUUCAAGAAAACCUUGCAGAUCACCCAGGUUUCAGAAGCAGACUCCGGAAAUUAUCAGUGUAUAGCGAAAAACACAUUAGGAGCUGUCCAUCAUACCAUCUCUGUGACAGUUAAAGCGGCUCCAUACUGGAUUGUGGCACCUCAAAACCUCGUGCUAUCCCCAGGAGAGAAUGGGACCCUCAUCUGUAGAGCUAAUGGCAACCCCAAACCCAGAAUUGGCUGGUUAACAAAUGGAGUGCCAAUAGAAAUUGCUCCUGAUGACCCCAGCAGAAAAAUAGAUGGUGAUACCAUUAUUUUUUCAAAUGUUCAAGAAAGAUCAAGUGCGGUUUAUCAGUGCAAUGCCUCUAACGAGUAUGGAUAUUUACUAGCAAAUGCAUUUGUAAAUGUGCUGGCUGAACCACCUCGAAUUCUCACAUCUGCAAACACACUGUACCAGGUCAUCGCUAACAGACCUGCUCUGUUAGAUUGUGCUUUCUUUGGGUCUCCUCGGCCUACCAUUGAGUGGUUUAAAGGAACUAGAGGAAGCGCUCUUCAUGAAGACAUUUAUGUUUUACAUGACAAUGGAACGUUAGAAAUUCCUGUGGCCCAAAAGGAUAGUACAGGGACGUAUACAUGCGUUGCACGAAAUAAAUUAGGGAUGGCAAAGAAUGAAGUUCACUUGGAAAUCAAAGAUCCAACCAGGAUCAUUAAACAACCUGAAUAUGCAGUCGUGCAGAGGGGGAGCAAAGUGUCCUUUGAAUGCAAAGUGAAACAUGACCAUACCUUAAUCCCUACCAUCAUGUGGUUGAAGGACAAUGGGGAGCUGCCUAACGAUGAAAGAUUCUCCAUUGACAAGGACCACCUGGUGGUAACUGAUGUAAGUGAUGAUGAUGGCGGGACCUACACGUGUGCAGCCAACACAACGCUGGACCGAGUUUCCGCCAGUGCUGUGCUCAGGGUUGUUGCUCCUCCUCCAACUCCAGCCCCCAUUUACGAUGUCCCGAAUCCUCCCUUUGAUUUAGAGUUGACCAAUCAACUUGACAAAAGUGUUCAGCUGACAUGGACCCCAGGCGAUGACAACAAUAGCCCCAUUACAAAAUUCAUCAUUGAAUACGAAGAUGCAAUGCGUGAAGCAGGGAUAUGGCACCACCAGGCUGAAGUUUCUGGAACACAGACCACAGCACAGCUGAAGCUGUCUCCAUAUGUGAACUACUCCUUCCGAGUCAUGGCGGAGAACAGCAUCGGGAGGAGUGUGCCCAGUGAGGCAUCAGAGCAAUACCUGACGAAAGCUGCGGAACCAGAUCAAAAUCCCACGGCCGUGGAAGGACUAGGAACAGAGCCUGACAACUUGGUGAUUACCUGGAAGCCCUUGAAUGGUUUUGAAUCGAACGGGCCUGGCCUCCAAUACAAAGUGAGCUGGCGCCAGAAAGAUGGCGAUGAUGAAUGGACGUCUGUGGUUGUGGCCAACGUAUCCAAAUACAUCGUCUCCGGCACGCCAACCUUCGUCCCAUACCUGAUAAAGGUUCAGUCUCUGAAUGAUGUGGGGUUUGCUCCAGAGCCAGCUGCAGUCAUGGGUCACUCUGGAGAAGACCUUCCGAUGGUGGCUCCUGGGAAUGUACGUGUCAAUGUGGUGAACAGUACCUUGGCAGAGGUACACUGGGACCCAGUACCUCUGAAGAGUGUCCGAGGACACCUACAAGGCUACCGGAUUUACUACUGGAAGGCUCAGGGCUCAUCCAAAAGAAACAGACGUCACAUUGAGAAGAAGAUCCUCACCUUCCAGGGCAGCAAAACUCAUGGCAUGCUACCAGGGCUGCAACCGUACAGUCACUACACUCUCAAUGUCCGAGUGGUCAACGGGAAAGGAGAGGGCCCAGCCAGCACCGACAGAGGCUUCCAUACUCCAGAGGGAGUCCCCAGUGCUCCCUCAUCUCUGAAAAUUGUCAAUCCAACACUGGACUCUCUCACUUUGGAGUGGGACCCGCCAAGCCACCCAAAUGGCAUCCUGACCGAGUACACCUUAAAAUAUCAGCCAAUUAACAGCACACAUGAACUAGGGCCUCUGGUAGAUUUAAAAAUUCCUGCCAACAAGACACGCUGGACUUUAAAGAAUUUAAAUUUCAGCACUCGGUACAAGUUUUAUUUCUAUGCACAAACAUCAGUGGGAUCAGGCAGUCAGAUUACGGAGGAAGCGAUAACCACUGUGGACGAAGGUAAGCUGGCUGGUAUUCUUCCACCUGAUGUAGGUGCAGGCAAAGUUCGAGCAGUAAAUCCCAGGAUCAGCAAUCUCACUGCGGCAGCUGCUGAGACGUAUGCCAAUAUCAGUUGGGAAUAUGAGGGACCAGAGCAUGUGAAGUUUUAUGUUGAAUAUGGUGUAGCAGGCAGCAAAGAAGAAUGGAGGAAAGCAAAUGUAAAUGGUUCUCGAAGCUUCUUUGGGUUAAAGGGUCUAAUGCCAGGAACAGCAUACAAAGUUCGAGUUGGUGCUGAGGGGGCCUCUGGUUUUGUGAGUUCAGAGGAUGUGUUUGAGACAGGCCCAGCAAUGGCAAGUCGGCAAGUGGAUAUUGCGACCCAGGGCUGGUUCAUAGGUCUAAUGUGUGCUGUGGCCCUCCUCAUCUUAAUUCUGCUGAUCGUUUGCUUCAUUAGAAGAAACAAGGGUGGUAAAUAUCCAGUUAAAGAAAAGGAGGAUGCUCAUGCGGACCCUGAAAUCCAACCCAUGAAGGAAGAUGACGGAACGUUUGGAGAAUACAGGUCUUUUGAAAGCGAUGCAGAAGACCACAAGCCUUUGAAAAAAGGAAGCCGAACACCUUCGGACAGGACUGUGAAAAAAGAAGACAGUGAUGGCAGCCUGGCCGACUACGGAGAGGGGGUAAAUGGGCAGUUCAAUGAGGAUGGCUCCUUUAUUGGACAGUACAGUGGCAGGAGAGAGAAAGAACAAGCCGAGGGGAAUGAGAGCUCAGAGGCCCCUUCACCUGUCAACGCCAUGAACUCCUUCGUCUAAGUCGUUAAGCCCUGCGUCCAUGUCCCAUUUCUCUGGAAGGUUCUUCCUGAGCACUUCUCAUCCCUCUCAUUCCAUGGACAUAUGGGUAGAAAGGAUGUUUCCUGCUGGAUGUGAGUAUUGCGAGAGCAAAGCAAGGACUUGACUCGGCCAAACGAUACGUUGAUGUGAGCUGGGGUGCAAAGGGCGUACUUUUUGUUGUUGUUGUUCGGAGUGGGUUUUCUCAAUUUCCUUGGAACCGAUUAAAAAAAAACGUUCAACAUCAUCAAUAGAUCACAUUAUUCCCCGUGCAUGAAACAUGCUGCACAGAACACACACCUGUGUAUGUGAUUGCGCCGCGGCCAGGUGCUUUGUCGACACUAUCCUCAGCCGAACCGUAAAUCUGAAUUCCGUUGUUAUUGUGGGGAGUGUUGCCGUAGUGCUCUCUAGGGCAUCAGUGUCUCUGUGGACAUCGUUGUGAAACUCGUGACUGUGUCUAGCUGUUGUUAGUCCUUUGGGGAGACUGUGAGGAACAGUAUGUACAGUCUAUACUUGCUACAUGAGCUAAUGGUGGCAGGUGCACUCGCUAAGGCUCACUGAGACUGUCACCUGUUCUCUGCUCCUGUUGCUUCCUCGGCUUCUUAACCCUCCAGUUUACAGCAGUGUGUCCCACGUCUUACGCUAUCUCUGGCCUCAGUUGUUUGGGGGCAUAAGCAUUGCGUUUUGUGACACACCUUCUGGUGUUUGUGCCAUACUGAAAGAAUGAAAGGCAAAACUCUCAAGGUACAUUUCAAAUUUCAUUCUGGGAAAUGCAGGGCAAGACACAUGCGGUGCCUUCAGGCAAUAAGUAUCCCCUGACUCCUGCCCUCGGCAUCGGCCGGUCUGGGCCACUCCAUCCUCUCUUACUGCUAUGGUCAGAAAGUAACUUUUUAAAGGCUGAGAUAAUGAGAACUGAAAUGCUGAACAUUCGUGAGAGUAAAAACAAGUUUAUUUGAAGGGGCUUGACCCCAUACAUAUCAAAAGCAAAGGAUGCUCUGUCAUUGGCUGGGACACAUGAAGGUUUAGUGGUCUUUUGGGGUUUCUAGCCAAACAAGUCAUGUUGAAAAAGAAAAAGGCCGUGGUUGGAAAUGGAUGGAAAAACAAAUGAUUGUAGAACUAAAAGCAGACAGCAGCGUGCGAAUAGUGAUACACUAUCUGUAUGCCUAUAUAAGCUUUCCAAUCACAGCAUUCGGCAAUGCAUAUACAAAUUGCAGCAAGCACACUCCAGAAUCUGCAAAAUAUGGCAAGUGCUUAAUUAGGCCAGCCGUCACAGGGAUUACACCUGUAGUCUAAAGAAUAUGUAAGUAUAUACAUCCUAUAUUGGUCAUAAACAAUGUGUAUGAAAUGGCUUACCUCCAAUAUAAAAAUCUAUGACAACCUAUGGUUGAAAGAAUGCUCAAUUUCAUUUGCCAAUAAAUUGGUUCCUCAUAACUUGCAUCAAGUUUAAUUUUAAGUAAAGCUUUUUAUAUGUAGAUAUUCUGUUGAAUUUGUAAAUAGACGUAAAGUAUAGAAGCUAUAUGCUUAUAGGUGUUACAUGCAAAUAAACACACAAGCAAUGUUUA